UCAAGUUUUGAACGGUUUGUAAGUGAAAGCAAAAAUCACGCUUUUACCACCUUACUUUUACAUAUUGGUUAAUAGCUAUCGCAAGUGUUUAUUCUCCAAAAAGUUAGUCGCUUAAAGAGGACUAGCUGAAAAUGUUUGUGCCGAUUGACGAAACACGGCCUUCCUUUAAAAGCUACACUUUGAUACUGCCAGCGAUAUCAGUUGGAAAUGUUGGGCAGCUUGCGGCAGACCUCAUCAUAUCGACGCUACAGUUGCAAAAGAUAGGUUAUUUUCACACCGACGGCCUUAUCCCGAUGGUAGGGAACAACCCAUACGCGACUUCGGCAGAAAACGCUAACGAUUUGAGCACCAAUGCAGAAGUAUAUUGUUCUAAAGAUUUGAAACUCACCGUGCUGCAGAUAAGGGCGCCCAUCCUUCAGACAAAGAUCAAGCAGUUUCGGAAAAGCAUUGUUUCUUGGAUAAAAUCAAGUGGAUUCAGCAAAACCGUUCUGCUGUCAAGUAGCCACGCAUACCAAAGGGAUGACCAACAGCUUGAGGGCACCCCUCUGCGAUACCUGCUCAGUCCAGCACUACAGCAAGAGGCAGGGCCGAGGAUUAAAGAGCUGGAGUGGAGGGAGAUGGAGAAGGUGUGUGCCUUCCCAGGCAUCAGUGACUCUGAACAGAGACUCUUCAUCCCUGGAGGGGGCAUCACCAAGGGUCUCUACACUGACUGCUGCAAUGAAGACAUCCCCAUGGCAGUGGUGUUGAUGUUCUGCUCGGAGGGAGACAACAUCCCUGAUGCCUUUGCCUUGGGAAAUUAUCUAAACGACUGGCUCCACCUGCUCAGCAAAUCUGCCCAGGGCUCACCUCAGUGGAACAUUCCCCCAUCCUGGAAACUGCUGUUCGGUGGCGGCAUUCCUCCUGCAAUAUUCUAAGUCUGAACUGGAAAAAGGACACCUCUGUACCUGAUAUGCAAAGAUAGAUAUGCCCAUCCCUCCCUUAGGUCUUGAUCACUUCACCAGACCCUCAUCCGGUCCUCUGGAAAAGCUGGAGGACCACAAUGUUUAGACAUGAAGACAUUCACAUUGAAUUCCCUUUUCAAUUUACCCAAGCCGUGGAACUGAGAAAGCCCUCAGAGUAACAGAGAGGGGGUGGGCGGAGCCUGGUGUUCUGUGUGGCCCUUUGAUUAUUCUGGGAAACGUAUCAGUUUCUUGAGCAUUUCCCAGGUUUCUGGAAGACUGCCUACGCUAAUCUGCAGACAGAGACCCUGCUGGCUGGAUGCCCCAUGGCUUUCCAUCAGGGCUUGUUCUAUUGUGUUGUAAUAUAAACCCAUUCCUCACCUGUUGUAGCAAGCCCUCUGUAGAAAGAGUGGAGACGAAUCACUGCUAUGAAUUGAAUUGAGGUGAAGCUGGACAUCUUAUUGCAUUGUCACUUUGCAGUGUGGCAGGAAGGUGUUCAGGAAUAUCAGUUUUGAAGAAAGGCACUAGUUAUAGGGCACUGCAAAUUGUCAGAAGUCAAAGUUGUGUAAAGAAACAAGAAUGCUUAAGAAACAAGAACGUUUUGUGUUUUGAAA